AUGGUACAAGUGAAGAAGAUAAACAGGCUAGAAGAAAUAAGUUUGGUUUUGAAUCAAGUUGAGGUAAUGAUCAUAAAUUCACAUGAAGGUUGCAGGCACACAAGGUUUGUAGCUCUUAAUUCAAUUGCGUAUUUGUUUAGACAUGACCGUGAUAACACUAGUAAAGGUUUCAUGGAGCAAAAAAAGACGUUAGUUGCGGCCGUAAAGAAGAUGAAAGAAAUAACCACAAGUUACAAUGUUGCAUUUGUCACAAUGAAGGUGACUGAUGUUUUUGAUACAUCCGAUUCUGUGGAUGGAAGUGCUGUUCAAACCUUCACUUCAGGGCGGGAAGUGAAGGCAUCCCUUGGGAUGGUAUGGGAAAGUCUCAUGCCAAAUAAGUUCUUCAUUUCAAAACAGUACAACAAUGAAACGGAUUCAUGGGAGAGGGAUUGGAUGGUUGUGAAGUGCAACGACAACAGUCUAAUAGGUAGGCAUUACAGAUAUUGUAUUACAACCGCGGGGUUGACUGACUACUAA